CUUCUCCCUCCCAUCUGUCCCAGUUGCUCUGCUUCCGACGUACGACCUUUCCCAGCCUGCUCUUACUAUUUCGAGCCUCCACGCACGACGCCCUUGCGGUGCUUGCUACCUUUACUCCAUUGGCAAGUUGCGCAGCAGGCCGACUCAAGAGGCUGUCACUGCCUGUCAGCAGCAUCGAUUGGGUCGUGGACUCGUAGCACAAGAUGAUGGGUCCAUCUUUCGAUGCUAACCUGCCCGAGGGUGUCAUGCCGACGGGCAGCGUGGCAGAGGUGCGCGAUUUUUUGCACGAACUCUUCCAGCCCACCGCUCCUACAUAUUUCUACAUUCAGCUUUACUUCGUCGUAGGCGCCAUCCUGAUCUUCUGCCUCAUGGCAUGGUCGGUCGUGCUCCGACGGUUGUACCGAGGCAAGGCCUGGUUUGUGCAAUUUUACCCCACCCCUCAGGGCACCUUCCUCAUUCCAAAUGCGGUCAUGGCGCUCUGCUCGUUCAUCUUGUUCUACGCUAUCUGCUACAGCGCAUACUGUUUGAUCAACAUUGGCUUUUACAGAGACGGGCACUAUCAGCGACGUUUCUUCCUGUGGCGACAGAUCGUAUGGUACCCUUUGUGGGUCGCAGCAUGGGCCUGCGCUUGGGGCACCUUGAGCGCUUUCCCUGACGCGCUAAGGAUGCGAGGCAAAAGCACGGUCCAGCGGUACAUUUUGAACCCUUGGCUCUUCAACGCAGUCGCUCUCGGAACACCAUUCAUCGUCCUGGCCACCAUAUUGAUACCUUCUCUGCUCUGCAACAAACUGUACGACGAGCAGAUCGGCAGGCGCGACGACUGGUUGCGCGCCGCAGCUGCCGCUGAUGCAGGGACGAACCUCACUAACCUCGUGGCGGAUGCCAAAGAUAUUUGGCUACAAGUGACCAAAGCGUACUGGUACUACCAAUUUACCAUGAUCACCUGGACCUGUUGGGCGUGCAUCAUCGUCGUCGUGUUCGUCCCCAUCGGCUUUCACACGCUAUACCGAAUCAGACAUCAGGUCAAGCUGGCCGACAGGAAAAGCGAGAUGGUCAAGACUUUCUACCUCUUUCCAAGUCAAGACAUACACACCGCUGUGGGCGCGGAACGAGCCCAUCGUCAAGGACCUGCCCCGCCACUGAGCGCCGAGCCCGGCACGUUUUCUCCAGGAUCUCCCUUCACCUCCGCCAGCAAGGCUGGCCAGGUCAAGUGGGGUAACGAAGAUGAUGCUGAUGCGGAUGCUGCUGGCGAUGCAACUGCACGUGCCGCGAGCAUCCCGUUGGAGGAACGUCGCAUCGGGUCUGGUGAAGACGAGCUCAUGCAAGCCCAUCCGGAUGUCAUCGAGCAGCUGCGCGAUGCGCCCCAAGAAACGACCACAAUCCUCUACCCUGCAUUGAAGCCCAAGAAGGGCGAAAAGAAGUUGAAUCAAGUCGCGGCAGCUUCUAGAAGAUGCGAACAGCUUAGGCUCAUCUACAGAAACCUCGUACUGCAGUACUUGAGCAUUGCUGGCGGUGCCACCACCUUUGCGUGCUCAGCUGGUAUCUUGGCCGGAGGCACGUACGCAAGCGCGAGAGAGAACAGGAUUGGCAGGAACCAAGUCAUCGCGAAUCUGCUCGCAGCCUGGGCAGCGUUCGUCUUCGGAUCUGCAGUGCUUGUUGCUGUGACUUGGCGCAGCUUUGACCCCACCUUGACACUGCAGGAAGAGCGCACGGAAGAGGAAACGCGAAGAAGCGGCGAUGCGACUGACUCUACCAGCAAGAAGCGGCGACGAUCCAGCGCUUUCAAUGCCAGACCUCGCUUCCUCGGCUUCAACUUUGGUGGUAGCAGUGCGAGCCGCUCGCAGUCUCAGGCUGAAAGGACGAGCACUUCAGCUGUACAUCAAGCCUCGACGGCGACCACCUCUACCACUGCCGCACAUGAUAACGAGUCGUCCCAAAGUCCAAAGGACAGGGAUCACAAUGGCGUCUUCACGCCUUCGCGCACUCCCUCCACCCGACGAGUGUCUGGACUUUCCUCCCAGGACGACGCUACAACAAUGGACAAGGAUCGGCAGACCGAACCAAGCACCAGCGACGACAAUUUGACGGCAUCGGUGCCACCUGUACCACCCCUCCCUCAGCACAUUGCGGAGCCAGAGACGAGCUCAAGACGCUCUUCCUUGGUUGGCGGUAGCCAAAUUGUCAACAAGGCGCGCAUGCUUAGGGGCGUGCCUGGCAAGAUUCGAUCGAGCAUGCCCGCUGCUUCGCCACCGCCUUCCGCGUCUUUGCCCGCGUCUCCAGCUGACCUGGCAACUAGCUACUCACCAGGCCAGCAAGGGAGCCCUUCGCAGGGACAGGGCAACAGCGGUGGGGUCCAUUUCGCAACGCCAUACGGCAUGAUCAGCGGCGAUACGCCACUUGCCGGUCUUGCCAUCUCUGACGCAUCACCUCCGAGCAGACCGCAGCGUGCCGCGACGGUCACAUCGAGCCCCAGCCGCUCUCGCGUCGCUGAGACUGCGACCGCUGCAAACGCGUACUUGACGGGUCGAAGAGGCUCGGCCGGAUCCGUCCGCUCUCCGCCCUCCCUUCAAGGCCAACAGAACACCACCCUCUUCUCUUCUUCUUCCGCCUCAACGCCAUCAUCUCCGCCUGCUGCUGCAGCCCUCGCGAAUGGCUUGCAAUCCCACGACUCGCAACUGAGACCGGCCUCGAGCUGGAGCACGCCUGGCGGUAAUUCACCUUCUCCUGUUCCGGGAAGCAACCGCGAUGUUUUAGAAGCUCGUCUUGCUUUCGGCACUGCUAAUGGCCCUAGCAGAUUUGGCGGCUGGAGAAGCGCCAGCCUUGCGAAGGAGGAGGAGUGAAGAGCUGCAAAGUGGUGAGAGAGAGAAUACGGGUAUUGUCGAAGCGGCACUUGGCACCUUCUGCGCAUGACCCAGCCCGCCCCUGUAGUAUUUGCCAUGUCU